ACUGGCGUAUGCACUGCCGCCAUUCUAAACAUUUCUUUGGGUGUGUCAUUUAGUUUAUGGUGUAAAAAAUAUUUUAAACAACGCCAAAAUGUUCAAAAUAAGUGUACUAAAUAUUCUUUUGUGGCUGCUGGUAGCGAAGCAUUCAGAUGCCCAACAUUACUAUGAAAAUGAAAAACAAGUAAAGAACAUGAUUUGGUGCACGAAAAGCAUAGAAGAACAACACAAGUGUCAGAACUUAACUGUUGCCAUCGAACGAGAUCGAGCCAUUUUCGAUGAGGCAUUUCUAAAUCUCACUUGUUUGAUGGGAUUUAGCGCGGAUGAAUGUAUACACCAUGUUGAUCGUGAGAAGGCACAUGUAACGACGCUGGAUGCUGGCGACGUAUUCACGGCUGGCAGAUACAAUUCUCUGGUGCCCAUAAUGCAGGAGAAGUUUGUUGGAGGUCUGCCAAAUUAUCAUGCUGUGGCGGUCAUCAAAAAAGAUACACUGCAAGAUGUCUACAGUUUGAGAGAGUUGCGAAACAAGCGUGCCUGCUUCCCGUGGGUGGGAAGCAUGGCUGGUUGGAUUGUGCCCAUAUAUACGUUACAACAUGAAGGAGGAAUGGAAGUAGUGGACUGUAAUAAUCAGGUAAAAACUGCCGCCAACUACUUCAACAAUUCGUGUGCCGUUUACUCAUUAAUCAACAAGUACAAUCCGAUUGGUGAUAAUUCUGAUAAACUCUGUGCACUAUGUACUGGUAAAAUACCUGGAGGAAGAUGUUCUGCAAAAGACCCCUACUAUGGCUAUGAUGGUGCUUUCCGUUGUUUGCUGGAAGCGGGCGAGGUAGCAUUUUUACGCGACUCGACAGUUACCGAGAUGUUACAAACUGACGAGUUCAAAAGCCUAUCGCCUGAUCGGUUUGAGUUACUUUGUCGUGACGGUCGUCGCAUGCCAGUAAACGAAUAUCGGCAAUGUAGCUGGGGUGAUAUUCCUUCCGAUGCUGUUGUUACUUCAUCUGCACGAAGUUCGUUCGAGCGUAAAAAAUUCCAACACUUCUUGCGUCGCAUAGUUGAACUUUAUUCAGAUGCUCUGCGCGAUGAAGCCAACCAAUCCAAUCAGCAGAAUUUGCGCGGCAAUGCAGGUUUCGGCAAUAAUAAUUUCAACUAUAAUAAUAAUAAUGAUCAGUAUGCCAAUACGUAUGGUGUAAACAACAAUAAUCCAUAUAACGCCAAUAAUCCAUAUGACACAUCGAAUACUUACAAUCGGAACCCUUAUGAUUCGUAUGAUGGUGGUAGCAGUGCUAACAGUGGAUUUCGCAAUGAUCGCUUAGAUUCGAGCUUCACAACAGAUCGGAAUUACCCAGAUGGUGCGAAUGAAACUACUUUGUAUGAAAAAUUCCGAAUAUUUGAGUCACGCCGGUAUGGUAAAGCAAAUCUUAUGUUCCAAGAUUCCGCUCGCUCCCUUGCUCUUAUUGCAGAAGAUGAUCAGUCGUUCAGUAAAUAUUUGCAAAAUACUAUGCAGUAUAUCUAUGGCAUCCGUGAGUGCCUACCUAGUAUGACUUUAUGUGUCACUUCCGAUCCUGAGCUUGAGAAAUGCAUUAAAAUGAAGACGGCUUUAAAAGCUCAACUCCUAAAACCAGAAUUAAUAUGUAAAAAGGAACACUCACACAAAUGCAUGCAAUGGAUCCAAUCGGGAAAAGCUGACAUUGCAGUUUUUGACGCUGGUGAUGUAUAUACGGGAGGCUUAAAUUAUGAAUUGGUGCCUUUCAUGUCCGAAGUGUAUAAUUUGGGAGAACCCGAGUAUUAUGUUGUAGCGGUUGCAAAAGAGGAGGAUCCUGACACCGAGCUUACUUAUCUCAAGGGCAAAUACACUUGUCACACUGGUAUUAAUACCGCUGCUGGUUGGACCUACCCAAUGGCCUUCCUUAUUUCGAACGGCUGGAUUCGGCCAUAUGGUUGUGAUUCUGUACGAGCUGCUGCCGAAUAUUUCACCAAAUCUUGUGUGCCAGGAGCUAUCAGUAAUGAGUAUAACACUGGAGUGCCCUAUGAUAGCAUGUGUGACCUUUGUCACGGCACAAGUUAUCGUUAUUGCAGACGUGAUGCAUCCGAAGAUUACUAUGGUCAUACAGGUGCGUUCCGUUGCCUUGUAGAGGGAGGUGGUCAUGUGGCAUUUAUGAAGCACACAACCGUAAUGGAGAGUACGGGUGGAAAGCGCAAAGAAUGGUGGGCUAGAAAUACACUCAACGACGAUUUCGAAUUACUCUGCACCGAUGGUACACGAGCGGAGCUAAAUGACUAUAAAAAAUGUAAUUUGGGUAAGGUGAAAGCGAAUGCAAUUGUAACACGGGGUGGUAUCAACUACAAUGAAACGCAAAUUAAUGCAUUCAUUAAUUUACUAACGUACGCCCAACAACUUUACGGACGCAAGAAUACAGAUGAUUUCAGCUUCAGCAUGUUCUCCUCGCCAAUGGGAUUUUAUGAUCUCAUCUUCCAAGAUGCAACACGUCAGCUACUUGUUAUUCCACCGAACCAACGGCGCUAUGACAUCUACCUGGGCAGCAACUUUAUGCGCGCAAGACGCAUAACUGACUGUUACGCGGGCGCAGGUCAAUUAGUAGUUUCAUUACCGCUCUUAAUGAUGUUUGCAGUACUGCUAAGGCUUUGAAAGCGUUAAAGUUGCCUUACUUUUACUUAUCAAAUAUGUCUCAGAAACCAAGUUCAGGCAUUGACACCCAAACACACAAGUGUAUUACAUACAUACAUAUGUAAGUCUAGAAAAAUAGGGUAUCUGAUAGAAUUAUGGGUACAAAUUAUAAACCAUUGCCGGUUUUUUACGAGAAGGUUUUUGGUAAAAGCACAAUUUUUUACAAGAGAAUCUCGACUUUUUUAGAUACAUACAUAAAUACAUAUUUUUGUCGAUUAAGCAAUAAUUAUUGUUGUUGCAUUCAAUAUAAUUCCAAUAGUUUAUAAGCAGAAAAGAUAAUUUAGUUGUGAGUGCCUUACAUGUAUGGUAUUAAACAUUCCGUCCAAAUUUUACAAACGUAUUGCAAUAUACAUAUAUACGCAGCACUAUAAUUAUGUGCAUAGUUUUAUGUAAAAUUGUCCGUCCACGAAAAUUUUAUUUAUCCAUUUUAAAAACUCGAAUAUAGGUAUUUUUACAAAAAAAUUUAAGUCAAAACUUUAUUGUAUUAAAAUAAAUCAACCAGAAUAAAUAGUUUUAACAUUAACACUA